AUGUAUCAGCGCAACCCAGCCGUGAGGUCGGUGAGCGCUGUGUCGCCCGACCGCCGCAUGGAUCCGCAGAGCUGGCAGCCAUGGCUCAAACAAGCGGCCCGCCCACAGAGCUACAAACCUAUUGUUGAGGCCGUGAAGACCGCAGUCCCCAUGAGACCACAAAGCCCACCGCCACGCAUGACAUACACCAAUGCCUUGUGCGCCGAGAUUCGCCCUGACCCUCGCGCUACCUUGUCUCCGAUUCAUCAAAGACAUGCGGGACAGCCUCAAGCACAAGUGCCUGUGACUCAGGUGCCAGCCCAGAUGCCCCCUCAAAAUGUAAAUUACUUUGAGAAGCCAAUUCCGCAGCAGCAGCAGCAGCAGCAGCCGCCAGUUGCGUUCGACGAGGCCAUGACCGCCAGACCCGGAAUGGGCCGCAGGCUGGAGUGGCAAGUCGACUCACAGGCGGCCCCUCUACAAGGUGCGGGAAGCAUGUCGGCCGCUGACGCAGGCUCCCAGCCAACCAGUUGCCACAUACCGUUGAUGUCGCCAAUGCAGCGCUACAGGCGUGAGAGCGGGAGAACCACGGAGCUCGAGCCCACAGGAACCCCACAGACUCACGUGAAGCGAGGCAACUCAGAGGGCUCUUUGCCAUCUUCAGCGCGGAGGGAGAAAAUUGAGCCUGCCUUCGAUCUGGAGAAGAAGAUCGUGGAGGAGGUGAACCGCGUUCUGGAAAGCCGUCUGGCCGCCAAGGACAAGGAGGAUUCGGAGGCUCUGAAGAAGGAGCUUGAGAAGGCCAUGGACGACAGAGAGAUCGAAGCCCAGCAGGUUCAGCACCUCACGGAAAGGCUGAUCGAGAUGGAGCAGCGAUUGGAAAGGGAGGCGGAUGCCCGUCGCAAGGUCCAGGCCAAAUUGGAUCAGGGAGUCUUGAUCGAGAGCGAGCUGCAUCAAAAGGAGAUGAAGAUUUCUGACCUCGAGCGAAAGCUCAAGGCCAAGGCGGAUGAGGCCCGCAAUCUCAAGGUGCGGCAGGAGCGCCUGGAGAAGCAGGUCGACGAUACGCGGGCGCUGCGUGACAAGAGCGUCCGUGAUCGCGACUGUUGGCUGCGAGAGCGCGAUUGCCUCGUCCAGGACAAGCUGCAGGAGAAGCGGGACUUGGAGGAAAAGUUGUUCGCAGCCCAAAGUCGAGCCAAGAACUUGGAGCAUCGCUGCCAGGAUUUGGAGGAGACUCUCAAGCAAGAACGGUGUAACGAGCAGCUCAUCCACGCCCAGAAGGACUUGGAGCAGCGGGAGAGCCUCCUCAACAGCCGGAACCAGGAGUUGCAGGCUCGGCUACUCGAGGCUGAGCGCAACACGGAGGAGUUGCAACGCCUGCGUCUGGAGCUUCAGGUCAACAAGCAGCAGCUGGAUGAAAAGGAGGCUGACCUAGCCCACCAGAAGAAUGAAUGGAAGCUGCGUGUGCAGGAACGGGAGCAGAAGUACCGAAAUUGGGAGAGCCAGCGCCAGGAAGUGGAGCAACAGAAUGAGCGCACGGCCAAAGAGCUCAACUCUAUGGUCCAGCAGAGCCAGGAAAAGGUCAUGGAGGAGGUCCGGAAACGGGCAGUCUUGGAGAAGGAUCUCCGGCAGAUGAACGAAGAGAAGGCCCGGGUCAACGAGGACAAGGCCAAGCUGAACGAAGAGAAAGCAAGGCUCAACGAGCAGCAGGCCAAGCUGCAUGAGGAGAAGGCCAAGUUGCAAGAUCAGAUUGAGCAGCAGAAGCUCGAGAUCAGCAACCUCCGGCAGCAGGUGGACUCGGAACGCGAGGUGGUGACACCUGGCGAGCUGAAGCGAAGGGCCAUGGCGAUGGACUCGGAGCUGGGCAAGCGAAACGCCGAGCUGAUGCACGACGUGACUUGCUUUGAGCAGGAGAUGAAGUGGCUUGCUUCCUGCAAUACGGUCUUGCGCCAGCACAUCCCGACCGAGUGCGAGGCAGCAGUUAAGGCGGCCCUCGAGAAUCUAAAUGUUAGUGAUUGGCAGCCGCCUUCCGAGGCAGAUGAUGUGUUCAAUGCUGAGCUUGGCAGGCAAGAGCUGGGUACUCAGCUGUCAAAUUGUCAGAGUCUUAGUCGCUGGGUGGAUAACCUUUACCUUCUUGUGAGGGAAAAAUGUAUACAUAUAUAUAUAUACAUUGUAAUAUCUGUGUAUAUAUAUAUAUAG